AUGCUGUUCCUGUCACUGUGCACAUGUUGUUCUCUCUCUCUCUCUCUCUUUCUUGGCACUUUACGCAUUGGUGCGUUCAACAUUCGAGCCUUUGGGAGAAAUAAAAUGAAAAAAAAUGACGUGAUGAAGAUUUUAUUAAAGAUUGUUGGUAGAUAUGAUCUUAUUUUUAUUCAAGAACUUAGAAACAUGAACAAUGACACAGUGGAUACCAUGAUGCAAAAUGUCAAACCCACAACAAGGGAAAAGUUUGACUAUGAAAUGACAAAACCACUUGGCACUGGGACUUACAAGGAACAAUAUGCUUAUUUAUUUAGGUCAGACAAAAUUUCUGUAAAGUCCAGUUUUGUAUAUGAUGAUGUUGGUAAUAAAUUUGUACGAGAACCUUUUGUAAUAACCUUCACUUCACCAUUGAUUGAUGUUAAAGAAGUUACUGUAAUUGGUAUUCACACCGUAGAAAAAAAUGUGAAGAAGGAACUUGAUGAGUUGGCUCAUGUACACCAAAAAAUCACACGAGAAAUUGGCCAUGAUAAUGUAAUCAUUUUGGGAGAUAUGAAUGUAGAUUGCAACUAUUGUCGUAAGAAGUGUCAACAGAACUUAUUUAUUCGUAAAGAUUCCAAAUUUCAGUGGCUGAUAGCUGAUAACAUAGACACAACUGUAGACAAUGCCACAAACUGUACAUAUGAUCAACUUAUUAUUACAGGGCAUCAAUUAUCCGAAAUUGCAUACAACGGUCAGUCGACCAUUUCUGUCGACUGUUUGAAGCCAGCAUAUCUUGAGCAAGCCGCCAAACAACUCUAUCCGGAUCGACAGCAAUCCAACAUUUCGCAGCAACCAUUAUUAUCAUCACCAUCGUCAAACCAAAGUCAGCAGUCCACAUCACAAUCAGAACCACUGUUUACCAAAAUAGGCCCUGAAAAUAAGUGA